GUACUUGUUCUAUAUUUCUCCAAAGUCUUUGAAUUUUAUUGUACCUUUGACAUAAUUGUUGGAAUGUAAAUAAGAAGGGGGGAAAUGGGUUCAUGUGUCAAUUGCUGAAAAAAUUCAAGUAGGUCACUAUUGCAAAUGGAUAAAGUAGAAGUUUAUAUUGAGUUUCUCUCUAUGUUACUUUAGAAGUAACCAUGGAGGUAAAAUUCAUUCUGGGAUUACUUCGGAUACAAACAGCAAACCUGCUGUCCUUGAAGUCCAACAACUGAACAGAAAUUUUUAAAUGCUGGUUUUCAAUAGAACAGACAGUUCAUAACACGCGCAGGUAAAAAUUAAGAAUGGCAAUUAAAAGAUUAUAUUUCCUGCCUGCUCUAGUGGCUGUUAUUCUGCUUGUUACAUUUAUUAUCACAUACACUAUAGCAGUUCUUUUGGAUCAUGCAAGACCUUUCUUCCCUUAUAUCAGUGAUACAGGAACCACUCAUCCAGAAAGUAUGAUAUUUGGACAAUUUUUGAAUGUAGGAAGUGUAUUUAUUUUUUUAACUAUGUAUGUGAGAUAUCUUCUUGUGAAUAAAAAAUAUCUACAUGAUCCCAAUUUGCCAAAUUAUAAAAAUGUGAAACGUUUUAAUAAAAUUAGUCUUUGGUUCGCAUUAUACACUUCCGUAGGAGCAUCAUUAGUCGCAAAUUUUCAGGUAACUGUAGCACUUGUACCUCACAUGAUAGGAGCUUUUUCAUGUUACGUCGGAGGAACGGCAUAUUUUACCUUACAAGCAAUUAUUUCUUAUAUGACGUGCCCUCAUAUAAAUACACUACAAAUGGCUCGAUUUAGAUUAUUUUUGGCAAUUUUAAGUAUAUUUGUAUCAUCAAUCUGUGGAUUAUUUGGAAUAAUUUCAUAUUUCAUGUUUACUAAGUCAAUUAAAGAUAUGCCAAAGUGGGCUCCAGGAGAGGGUGGCUAUGAACUACAUAUCGUAAGCAGUUUGUCAGAAUGGGCUAUUACUAUGCUGUUUGCAAUUUAUUUCUUCACGUUUGUUAAAGAUUUUAAAAAUGUUAUUGUUACGUGUCCAAAGCUUGAACUCGUAAACCAAUUACCUAAUCGUUCGUACAAUCCUUGUACAAUAAGUACAGUCGACCGUACAACGAAGAAAGUCGAAGAAGAUAACAAUAAGAAUAUAGCACUUGCGGAGAAUAUAUCUUUAACUAAUCUCGUUCAAUCUGUAUAAAACAAAUACUGAAAGUAUGCUCAAUUUAUGCACAAGAAACUUCAAAAUGUAUAUAUCUUAUAUCUCUCUGUUGUAUUUUUUUAUUGUAAAUAGCUGUUAUACAAAAUCUCAUAGAUUUUAUAUUGCAGAAAAUGCAUUAAAUGUAUUAAUAAAAAACUUUAUUUUAAAAAUAUUGUGUCAUUUUUAAGAAUUAAAAAUUAAAACACACGCGUAUUUAGUACUUCUGUUAUUAUUAUACAGGGAAUCCCGUGUAAAAUUAGCUCCAUUCACCGAAUGAUUAAAUUAUUGAUACCAAUUACAUGACCCAUUUCAUUUGAAACGGGCCAUGUCAUUGGUUUGCUUGUCCAGUUGUGUAAAAACAAUUUUACCAGACAACGGGGCCAAUAAUUUAAUUAGUGAGUGGGACCGGACUUACGUGGACACCCUAUAUAUAAACUUGUAGAU